AUGGGGAAGCAUGAACGAGGAACACCGAAGGAUAUUGCAAAUAGGAUUAAAUCGAAAGGCCUGCAGAAGCUGAGAUGGUUCUGUCAAAUGUGUCAGAAGCAGUGUCGUGAUCAGAACGGUUUCAAAUGCCAUCUUACCUCCGAAUCCCAUCAACGGCAACUUCUGCUCGUCGCCGAGAAUACUAGCUCUUUUCUGAGACAAUUUAGCAGAGAAUUUGAAGCAAAUUUCAUGCAGAUUUUGAAGACCUCUUUUGGAACUAAGCGAGUCCGUGCUAAUGAAGUCUACCAGGAGUACAUUAAGGACAAGGGACACGUUCACAUGAACUCGACGGUAUGGCAUACGCUCACAGGCUUCGUAUUGUAUUUGGGAAAAAGUGGCAAAUGUAAAAUAGAUCAGAACGAGAAAGGAUGGUAUAUCCAAUAUAUUGAUCAAGAGGAAGUGCUAAGAAAAGCUGAGGAAGCUAAGCGAAUGAAAGCUGAGAAAGAUGAUGAAGAACGUCAGCAGGAGAUGAUCAACGCUCAAGUCCGCAGAGCGCUAGAGCAACAGGGUGAAGUGUAUGAGCCUCAAGCAACCGAACUCAUCAGAAGUGACGAUAGUGAAAAGAUCACUUUGAAUCUUGAAUUUGGAUAA